AUGGAAAGUUUAAAUAAUCCAAACCACUCGGGCGGUGGGGUGUCUGGGCCGGACCCCCUUCGGAACCGUCAGGAAGCUCGGUCCAACGAGGAAUUGGAUGGUGGCUCCAAUCCUCGUACUUGUGCCACCAUAACUCUAGCAGAUGAUGAGGUUUUUCCCCCGAUGCGGGAAAACACAACCAGAGAGACGGAGGAAUCUGUGCCCCGGUUCCUGGUUGUAAAAAGGAAGGAAGGCGACUUCAAUAACGUAAGUCCUUUCCUUAUAAGUAAGUCUUUGUAUGGAUUAUUGGGAGAAGUCAAAAAUGUAAAGAAAGUGAAAGGUGAAUUACUAAUAGAAACCCGAACUAGCAAGCAAUCUAAACAAUUUUUGAAAGCGAAGCGACUUGGUGAAUUCGAGGUGAAAGUAGAACCUCAUAUGGCUUUGAACACGUCAAAGGGAGUCGUGUAUUGUAAGGACUUGUUAAAUUGUACCAUUGAAGAGAUAAUGGAAAAUUUACAAUCCCAGGGUGUCAUUGGCGGUAGGCGUAUAAGAACGAAACGCGACGGAGAGUUUCACGAUACUCCUAACCACAUUCUUACCUUCAACGUUCCGCGUUUACCUAAAUCAAUAAUGGCCGCAUUUUAUACAUUGCAAGUACGUCCUUACAUACCUAACCCCUUAAGAUGCUUCAACUGUCAGCGUUUUGGACACUCCGCCACAAACUGUAAACAGGAGAAGAGAUGUGUGUGUGGAAAAUCCCCGCACGAGGGUACUCUAUGUGAAAUUCCUGUGGAGUGCCCAAAUUGUAAAGGACCCCAUAAAGCAAUUGCAAAAUCCUGCGAAGUUUACAAGCAGGAAAUGAAAAUUCAGGAAGUAAAGAUAUUGCACAAGUUGUCGUACCCUGAGGCGAAGAAAAAGGUGGACACCCUAGUGGUGCCUAGCAUGUCAUUCGCGCAGAUAACCGCUGCGUCACCUUCAAAUCACUCUAAUACUGUGCCUGAAAUCAGAAAAAUAAUACAGGAAGAGAUGAAAAGUUGCAUGAAGGUACUUACCACCAAAAUCGAACAACUUUCUCGACAUGCAUCUGGACUUCAUAAAUCAAAGCCUAUCUCGCAAGUAAGCGAAACAAGUAUUCAGUUCUUAGAGCCGACCACUGCAUCGGAAGUUGAGACCAUGGACGUGGAAACGCGAGGGUCAAAGCGUAGGAUGUCAUUAGCUAGGACAAGGUCCUCCAGCAUCACCUCUGUCGAUUCGCAGACAGUGCAGGAGGCCAAACAACAAAAGAAAAAGAAAGGUUGGCCAAAAGGCAAGCCCAGAAUGCCUCGUAAAACGGCAGGUGAUCCGCAAAUUUUUAGUCAGUAA